AUGACAGAAAGUGCUAUAAAAAAGUGGCUGGAGGAAGGAAGCAUUGAUCUAACUGUUACUCGUGUUAAUAUGCUUGGUGCUCCUGGAGCUGGUAAAACCUGUUCACUGCACCUCCUACUAAAUGAAGACCCACCCACUACUGUCAGCACACCUGCCGUUAGUGCUACUAGAGUUGCUGUUUGUGAUAAGACCAUUUGGAAUCGGGUGACUCGAGCUGAUUUACUUGACAUAUUAGCAGCUGAUUUUAAUGCUAAUCAAGAAAUGUUAUCAGAGAUGAAAACUAUCGAAAAAGAUAAGCAGUAUCACACCGAAGCAGUCAUUCAGGAAAUUUUAGCUACUCAACCGAAAGGGAUUCAAAAAUUAAGUGAUCAUUGGCUAUAUGUUAUUGAUUCCGGUGGUCAGCCAGCAUACCAGGAGUUACUGCCUUUAUUCACUAGAGCAGCUUCUCUUAAUAUAAUAACACUGGAUCUAUCUAAGCCUUUCAAUGAGAGGUUUGAUCUGAUGUACAGGAUCAAUGGACAAUACUUCCCAUGCCACUCCAAGUCAAGUCAGUUAGCAUUCUUCCAGUCUGCAGUUUCGACUGGAGCUAGUUUUAAGCCUCUUGAUAUUUUCUGCAUCUCCAAGAAACCGACACACUCCAUGCAUCUUCCUCUUGAUAUUUCCUGCAUCUCCAAGAAACCAACUCACUCCAUGCAUCUUGUGUUGGGAACACAUUAUGACAAGGUGAGCGAUGCUACUCUAAAAGAAAAAGAAGAGAUUCUAAAGUCUUCAAUGUCUUCGUUGGAAUCUUACUUGCAAAAUUGCGUUAUUCAUCAAUCUGAUGAUGAUUCUAUCAUAUUUCCCAUCAACACGAUUGCUGCAUCAGAAGAAAGAGCUAAAUACAGUGAAGAGAUUUGCAAAGCAAUAUGGUAUUUUGGCUCUGACGCUUCACUCAAAAUUAGAAUACCAAUUCGAUGGUUUGUAUUUGAGCUGUCUUUGCCCGAGCAGAGUAUUUUAUCAAUCAAGGAAGCUUUAUCUAUUGGAGAAAGAUAUGGGAUGAACAAAGAAGAUACAAAACAAGCUUUGAGAUAUUUCCAUGAUGUCAGUCUCAUGUUAUAUUAUCCAGAAGUUACGAAUGUCGUCUUUAUCGAUUCUAAGCCAAUCCUUAAGAUUCUUUCACAAUUAAUAGCUCUCACAUAUGUUGAUGAUAGAAAUGCCCAAGCAUUGAUAUUAAUCAACCCAAUUCCUUACACCGUCAUUAAUAAUCUCAAGGAAGGAUUUUUCAAUGAAGAUAUUUUUGGCCAUUUGAAGUCAAAGUCUGAGGUUUUUUUGCACCCACAAUUCCAGUUGUCUGACCUAAUCAGACUCCUCCUUCAUCUUAACAUCAUCACAAAACUAGAAGAUGAACCAAAGGGACACUACUUCAUUCCUUAUGCUCUUCCUUCAUACAAUGAACCAGUUUCAGUUAAGGAGACUGAUGCUAAGCCACUUCUCAUAGUCUGGAGGGAAGAGGAGAGUGAAGAGAUCCUACCAGUUCCUACAGGAUUGUUCCCUUUAACCAUCACACACCUACUCAACCAGAAAGGAAACGUUACUGAAAUCCCUCCAUCGACAUCAGAAUAUUGCAAAUUUCGAGAUGCAAUGUCCCUCAAGAUAACGAUCACAUCAAAGCACACGCUUCACCUCAUCAACCGUUACACUCAUAUUGAAGUGUACUUUACUGGUCCUACCCAGCACUGUCCAUUAGUACGUAAACUACUCACAACAGCUAUUGAUAAUAGCAGUGAUGCCAUGCACCUCAAGCAUAAUUACGUCAAUGGAUUUGCUUGCCCUUACAAUGAGAGCUGCUAUUGCAUUGUAAAUGAAGAUCACCAUGAAGUAGCUGAUUGUACAGUUUGUGGUGAAUCUCCUGCUCUUAGCAAUGACUACUGGUACUGGUUUGAUGAUCUAAAAGACAUUUUGAACAAGGAGCCGAAAUUAAAGGACCUCCAUAGGCUCUUUGAUAGUUCUGCUGCUCAUUAUUCAACUAUUGGUACUGCACUUGAUGUUGAUGUGACUGACUUGUUGCAUAGUCCCCUGUCAGCCUCUGAUAAGCUGAUAAUAGUGUUCCAGAGAUGGAUGGACUCCAAUAGAGGAGUGACCUGGAGGAAGGUACUACAAGUUUGUGAUGAUUAUCCGGAGGAAUUUGGAAAAAUUAAAACUAAUGUGGAAGAAUUUCUUUCAUCUGAUGAAGCCUUUAACAAUGGUAUAAGUACUACAGGUACUGAAUUUGAUGAAGUAGAUAGUGAAAGUACUGUAGCUAAUGAUAUUCGUAUAAAAAGAAAAAUAAAAAAAUGGCUGAAAGAAGGAAUUGUUGAUCUGAAAAUCACUCGUAUCAAUAUGCAUGGUCUACCUGGAGCUGGUAAAACGUGUUCGAAACGCCUCCUACUUAAUGAGCCACCACCUACACGGGAUAGCUGGACAUGGUACGAAGCACUUAGGAAAAUGCUGGAGUACCUUUCUUUUAGACACAACAGAAUCACUUCCACUGAUAGUACACCAGUAGCUUGUCCUGCUGUUAAAGCAACAAGAAUAACUGUGGAUCGUGAAAAUAAGAAGUGGAAGAAGGUUGGAAAAGAAGAAUUAUUUAAACAGCUAGCAUCUACUGAAGUGGAUGAGCCACAAAAGGCUGGAGAUGAUGCAUCUAAAUCUACUCAUUUAGAUGAACCAUCAUCUGAAGAACCAGCUAAGAGUGGAUCGACUAAGAAUGGUUCAGUUGAAAAUGAACCUGUCGAGAAUGAGCCAACCGAGAAUGGACUCGCUGAGAGUGGACCUCCCGAAAAUGAGCCAGCCAAAAAUGGAUCCGCUGAGAAUGAACCUGCCAAGAAUGAGCCAGCUGCCGAGAAUGGACCUGCCAAAAAUGAACCAGCUGUUGAGAAUAGACAUGCCAAAAAUGAACUAGCCACCGAGAAUGGACCUGCCAAAAAUGAAUCAGCCGAGAAGGGACAAAAGGAGAAUAAACUAUCCAAUUAUAUGAAAGAACUUAAAAAAAUUGUUGACAACAAUGACUCCGAAAAAUUAAGCACAAAUUGGGUGUAUUUUAUUGAUUCUGGUGGUCAACCAGCAUAUCGAGAGUUGCUACCUCUUUUUACAAGAGCAGCUACACUGAAUAUCAUCACCAUUGAUCUUACCAAACCUCUUGAUGAGAAGUGUGAGUUUCAAUAUCGUAUUAGUCAACAUGAGUUUCCUAUUAAUAAAAAGUUGCAAUAUUCUAAUCAUGAUAUUAUUCAAUCAACAAUCAGCUCUGAAGCUAUGUUAAAUCUUGUCGAAUUUUCUCAUGUCUAUCACAUGCCCAAGCACCCUCAUUAUCUUAUUCUUGGUACACGUUUAGAUGAUGAGUCAGUAACUGAGGAAAGGCUAAAAGAAAUGAAUGAAAGUUUAAUAAAGUGCUUAGACCUUACAAAUGUCAUUUGGAAUAAACCUCGAGAAUCGAUUAUAUUUCCCGUUAAUACGUUGCUCCCUCAUAAAUCUGAUAAAAGAGAAGAAGCUAGUGUGAAGCUUUGUACUGCAAUUUCAAAUUGCGAAGCUGAAAUGAUAAUUAAAUUACCAAUUCGAUUGUUUUUUUUUGAGAUUGAACUACAGCUGGAAGCUGAGAAGAAGACGCAAAGUUUUCUUACAAAAGAAGAAGUGAUUGAGAUUGGUAAGUCUCUUGAACUUGAUACCGAAGAUAUCAAUGAUGCUUUGCAAUAUCUACACAAUGUCACUAUCAUUCUUUAUUAUCAUGAUGUUGAUGUCCUAUCAAAUUUAGUAUUCGUUGAUCCUGAGCCAAUUCUUAAUGUCCUUUCAUGUCUAAUAGCUAUCACAUACGUUGACCAUGAUAAAUUACAUUUGAUUGCUAAUCCACCUCCUUCACAAGAUGAUAGAAAUAAUCUCAUAGAUUUUGGCCUUUUCAAAGAAAGUCUUCUAAAUGAUAUUGGUAAACACAUUUUUAAUAAAGAUUUUACCUCGUCUCACAUGAUCACUCUUCUUAAACACCUCAACAUCAUUGCUGAAGUAGAAAAUAAAGAUGAUCACCACGGCAUCAUCACUGAAGAUGUAGAAAAUAAAAAAGAAAAGGUCCAUGUCGUCACUGACGGUGAAAAUGAAGAAAAGAAAAAUGAAUUUUUUUUUCCAUGUGCGUUACAAUUUUGCAACAAGUUCAAUGAUCCCCCAACAGAAAUACAACCACUUCUCAUAGGAUGGGAGAUUAAAAAUAAGGGAACAACAACUCUAGAGAGAACAACAACUCUAGCCAUCCCUCAAGGAUUAUUCCCUUUAACCAUCAUGUCAUGA